AAAUAAGAGUAGUACUGCUCUUAUUAGGGUUUCAUGUCACUGCAACUGAACACUGCCCAAGAUGAUACUCAUCAGUUUGAAAUGGCCUCAAUUAAACCCAGAUAGUUUCCUUAUCGAGGUAGGUAACCUACGCCCUUGACUUCUCUUGGUAAAUAAUUUUUAAAGGAGCUUUCCAUUUAAGCCUUCGUUUUCCUUUACUCAAAAAAAGUAAAAAGAAAAAACUCUUCUUGUUAACCCAUUAUUUCGAUUGCUUAGCCGAGUCAAAAUUGAAUUUCUUUUCCCUCUUUCUUCACCCAGUUGGCCUUAUUGAAAUGGGUUUCUUUUGGGUGAAAAGGGUAAGGUGUCUGUUGCUUGUUUAACUCAGUGUUUGAGUUGGGCUUGAUGCUGAAGGAAGCAGAAAUGGUUUCUUGAAGCCGCAUGUAGGCGAGAGUGGUGGUGUUUUAGCAUGUAUGCUUCCUAAAAUGCAUUGGAUUCAAUCUCAGAUCCAGCACAAACAUGGUCUUUUGACCUAUUCUGUCUUCUAUUCUUCUCCUUCAUAUAACACUGAUUACCAAAACAGACCACCACACCCCCACCACCCCCACCAUCUUUCUUCUGGUAGUAAAAUAAGCCCGGCCCUUCUUUUUAUUAUUGUUAUUCUAGCUGUUAUAUUUUUCAUCUCUGGUCUACUCCACUUGCUUGUUAGAUUCCUCAUAAAGCAUAGAUCUUCUUCAUCAGUAUCUGAAUCCGACAGAUACCAAGAGAUGUCAGGGUCUGAUGCCUUCCAGCGGCAGUUACAGCAGCUCUUUCAUCUUCAUGAUUCGGGUCUAGAUCAAGCGUUUAUUGAUGCUCUCCCUGUCUUUCCUUACAAAGAGAUAAAGGGUUUGGAAGAGCCCUUUGAUUGUGCUGUUUGUCUCUGUGAAUUCACGGAACAAGACAACCUGAGAUUGCUUCCCAUGUGCAGCCAUGCGUUUCAUAUGAAUUGUAUAGACACAUGGUUACUUUCUAAUUCAACAUGUCCACUUUGUAGAGGUACCCUUUUCUCAGCUGGACUUCCCAUUGAGAACCCAGUUUUUGAUUUUGAGGAUUCAAACGAAGAAGAUGCAGUCUCAGGUAAUGGAGGGAAUUUAGUUUCUGCUGGUAAAAAACCAGCGGAGAAUGAGAUUAUUAGUGAGAAGAGGGUGUUUUCUGUUAGACUAGGCAAGUUUAGAAGCACAGAUGGAGGAGGCGGAGGAGUUGCAGACAUAGCACAGAGAGGAGAAGGGGAGACAAGUAGUAGUAAUUUGGAUGCAAGAAGAUGUUACUCAAUGGGAUCAUAUCAAUAUGUGGUUGCUGACUCGGACCUUCAAGUAGCCUUACGUACCAGUAGAAACGGAGCUAGUACUAGAAUAAAGCUUGGUAAAGGAAGAGGAUUAGGGCAAAAUGGGUUGCUCUCCAUUGAUGGGGGGGAUGUUGAAGGUAAGAAGAUAAACAUUAGAAGUAAAGGAGAGAGCUUUUCUGUUUCUAAGAUAUGGCAAUGGUCUAGUAAGGGCAAAUUCCCAAGUCGUCCAGAAUCGCAGCUGGGUUCAUCUUCUGUAACUGUUGUUGGUUGGUCAUGAACUGAUAGAACUCAAUCUCAUCAGGAAUCAUGAAAGGGUAACUACUGUUGCCUCCUACUUUUUUUUUUUUUUUUUUUGUCAUUGUAUCAAUAAAUUCAUUUAUUAAAAGCUUUCCUCUUGCCUUUUGCUUUC